AUGUCAAUUGGAUUAAAAGUUAUCAAUUUCCACCUUAAACUCUUCAAUUUCAAGAAACAAUUAGAGAAUGAAUGCAAAUCAAAGAAGUUUUGGAUUAAUCCUACCCCAUUUCCGUUCUUCCUUAAGUGGAAAUAUGAUUUUUCAGAAACAAAAUUCCAAAACCGAAGCUACUGGACAGUCAAGCCAAAGAAUGCUGAAUCCAACAAGGUUUUCUUAUACUUCCAUGGUGGAGCAUAUAUCAGAAACAUCAUCUUUUGGCAGUGGAUGAUGGUUGCAGAUUUAAUUUCAAGAACCAAUGCAACCUUUAUCGUUCCUAACUACCAAAUUGCUCCAUUCUGGAAAUACAACGAUACUUAUGAGUUCAUCAAAGCCAAUUACUUGGAAAUUUUAGAAAAAUAUCCCGGUAAAGAGAUAGAAUUCAUCGGCGACUCAGCUGGUGGUGGAUUUAUUCUUAGCCUAUCAAUGUCAUUACGAGAUAGCAAAAUUAAACAGCCAAAGCACCUAUUUUUACUUUCUCCAUGGAUUGACGUCACAGGUAAGAAUCCAGGCUACCAUGGCAUGGAAUCCAUUGAUUUACUAUCUGAUUAUGAGGGUGGAAGACUCGCUAGUGACCUCUAUGUUGGAGAUCUUGAGAAAACUGAUCCAAGAAUCAGUCCUAUCUUUGGAGAAUUCCAUGACCUUCCAAGAAUGACUAUUUUCGUUGGCACUCAUGAUUGCUUAGUGGCUGAUUGCAGAAUUCUGCAUAAGAAACUCAAUGAUGCAAAGAUUGAACACGAAUACCAUGAAUUUCCAAAUAUGUUCCACGUUUUCAUGGCUAUUACACCUCUCAAAGAGGCUCAAAUUGCAAAUCAAAGAGUUGCUGAUGUAGUAAACAAGGCAUAA